AUGAGUUCAGGCGGAGAUGCGAAGCUUUUUGCAAGGGGGAAAGUCGCCGAGUUGCGCCAGGAGUUGAACAGUGGAGGAAAGAAGGAUAAGAAUCAUUCAGCAAAGAAAAUCGCCCUGAAAAAAAUCGUCGCCAAUAUGACUAUGAGUAAUAAUGAUAUGGUUGGCUUGUUUCCGGAUAUUAUCGCUUGCAUGACGAUUCCGAGCUUGGAGAUAAAGAAGAUGUGUUUUCUAUACUUGGUCAACUACGCGAGAGCGAAACCAGAAAUCGCGCUCAAAGCGCUACCGAUAUUGGUCGAUGAUAUGGACGAUCAUAACCCGCUAGUUCGCGCUCUUGCUCUAAGGACUAUAUCAUAUAUUCACGUUCGAGAAUUCGUGGAAGCCACUGUACAGCCUGUGAAGCAUUUGAUGGUGGAUAUCGAUCCAUAUGUUCGGAAAACGGCUGCUUUCUGUGUCGCCAAGUUAUACGACCAUCACAAGAAAAUGGUGGAAAGUUCGGACUUGAUUGAUCGACUGAAUAAAAUGCUAAAGGACGAGAACCCGACUGUCGUCUCUAGUGUUUUAGCCGCGUUGGUUGAUAUCUGGGAACGCAGUGAGUCAAUCUCUUUGACGAUAGAUUAUGCUAGUGCGUCAAAGGUGGUGUCUGUACUAGCAGACUGCUCAGAAUGGGGCCAAACAUAUAUUCUGGAGUCUCUCAUGGCGUACGUGCCCCGAGAUUCUGGAGAAGCUUUACUUUUAGCUGAACGCAUCUCUCCUCGUUUAUCACACUCCAACUCUGCAGUGGUUCUGACCUCCAUCCGGGUCAUUCUUUAUCUUAUGAAUUAUAUCAAUGAUGAGAAACAAGUCUCCGCUCUUUCGAAGAAAUUGUCGCCGCCUCUUGUCACGUUACUGUCUAAACCUCCUGAGGUGCAGUACCUUGCUUUACGAAAUGCCAUUUUGAUUCUACAGAAGCGCCCUGAGGUUCUUCGAAAUGAUAUCCGUGUCUUUUUCUGCAAAUAUAACGAUCCUAUUUAUGUUAAGGUCACGAAAUUGGAGUUGAUUUUCAUGCUUGCGUCGAAGGAAAAUAUCGGUGUUGUCUUGGCUGAAUUACGAGAGUAUGCAUCUGAGAUUGAUGUGCACUUUGUGCGCAAAGCUGUUCGAGCCAUUGGCAAGUUGGCUAUCAAGAUCGAAUCGGCCGCGCGACAGUGCAUUGACACGCUGUUGGAACUCGUUCAUGCCAAGGUCCCCUAUAUCGUCCAGGAAGCCACAGUCGUUAUUCGCAAUAUAUUCCGCAAGUACCCCAACCAAUACGAAGGUAUUAUUGGAGCAGUCAUUCAAAACAUCGACGAACUCGAUGAGCCCGAGGCCAAAGCAGCUAUAAUCUGGAUCAUUGGCCAGUAUGCGGAUCGUAUUGAGAAUUCAGACGAGUUGCUUCAGGACUAUUUGGCAACAUUCCAUGACGAGCCAAUCGAAGUGCAACUCGCAUUACUCACAGCUACAGUGAAACUGUUCAUCCAACGUCCCACAAAGGGUCAACAACUGGUCCCUCAAGUUCUGAAAUGGUGCACCGAGGACACCGACGACCCAGAUCUGCGUGACCGAGGAUAUAUGUAUUGGCGUCUCUUAUCCACAGAUCCCGCCGCAGCCAAAGAGAUUGUGAUGGGUGAAAAACCCCCAAUCACAGCCGAAAGCGAGAAAUUAGAACCCAACACCCUAGAAGAGCUCUGCUUGAAUGUGGGCACUUUAGCAACUGUCUACCUCAAACCAGUCCAACAAGUAUUCAGGACGGCACGACCAAAACGACUUGUUGAUAGUCCAGCUCUUGUGAAACGACCGGGAGUUAAUGCCUCUACUGCAUUGACCGCAUCAUCAACGUCACUUACUUCUGCUCCUUCACAGCAAAAUGGGAAUGGUGAUAUCUCCGCCGCUGUCAACGCAGCAGACGCUUACUUCAGUAAUGUCGCAUCCCAGCACAUGGCGAAUCUGGAUCUGGGUGGACGCGAAGAUAAUAGUUUGGGCGGAUUAGGAGGAACGGGUGAAAUGGCGCAGUAUGUGGUGAAUCAGAAUCAGCAACAGAUUUAUCAACCGCAGGCGGCCGGUAGUGGUGCUGCAGGGGAGUUACUUUUAUUGUAAGGUAAUUAACUUGGGUACUACCUAGUAUGUGAGGAUGAGUAAGUAAAUAGAUGGGUUGUGUAUGGUAUAUAUUAAGUCGAUGCAUUGAAUAGUGCUUUUUUGUAACUAGGUAUGCGUGACGCAUCUAACUCCAGGGCUAACCAAUAUUGUUCUUCUACUUCCCAUCUCUAGCCUUAACAGCCUUCCUACAAGCCAACGUAAAUACUCUAUGAAACUCCCAUACAUCCGUAAACGUAUUAUACAGCGGCACCGGCGCAACACGCACAACAUUCGGUUUCCGUUCAUCAAUCACCACACCAUUUUCCUCGAGUAUUUCCAGCACUUUAUCCAGUAAUCCAGGUUGAAGGAGAAUGCUGAGUUGUGCGCCGCGCUCGGACGGGUUUGAGGGUGUGAUUAUUGUGUAUGGUUUUUCAGAGGUGUUCUCGUUCGAAGAUGAUGAGCUGUCGUCGAGCGGGUACUUGAGAAGAAGGUGUUCGAGGUAUCUCGUAAGUUCUAAUGAUUUCUGGCGGAGGGCAGGCAUGGUUGCUUGAUUAAAGAUUUCGAGGGAUGAUGCUACUGCACUGAGAUCGAGGACGGAUGGGUUGGAGAUUUGGUAGCCUGCUGCUCCUUCUUGGGGGAUGAAU